AUGGAGAAUGCCAGUGCAGUGGGUGAGUUCCUCCUGCUGGGCCUGACCAGUGUUCAGGAGUUGUGGCCCGUCUUCUUUGUGAUGUUCUUAAUAAUUUACCUGACGAACUUAGUUGGAAAUGGAGCAAUAUUAGUGAUUGUUACUCUGGAACAAAGACUCCACUCCCCCAUGUACUUCUUCCUGGGAAACCUGUCUUGUCUGGAUAUUUGCUACUCUUCUGUGACUCUUCCCAAGGUUCUCGCCAACCUCAUCUCCAGGCGCAGGGCCAUCUCCUUCCUUGGCUGCAUCACUCAGUUGCACUUCUUCCACUUUCUGGGAAGCACGGAGGCCAUCCUGUUGGCAGUGAUGGCCUUUGACCGUUUCGUGGCCAUCUGCAGUCCACUCCGCUACACCACCAUCAUGAACCCCCAGCUGUGCAUCCUGCUGGCAGCCCUGGCCUGGCUCAUCAGCUUCUUCUAUGCGCUGAUGCAUUCUGUCAUGACGGCACACCUGAACUUUUGCGGCUCGAAGACACUCAAUCACUUCUUCUGCGAUGUAAAACCCCUCUUGGAAGCGGCCUGUGGCAGCACAGUGCUGAACCAGUGGCUUCUUUCUGUGGUCACAGGCAGCAUAUCCAUGGGGGCCUUCCUCCUCACACUUCUCUCCUACUUCUACAUCAUGGCCUUCCUUCUGUUCAAGAACCGGUCCUGCAGGAUGCUCCACAAAGCUCUUUCCACUUGUGCCUCCCACUUUAUGGUGGUUUGUCUUUUCUAUGGACCUGUGGGCUUUACAUACAUCCGUCCUGCUUCAGCCUCCUCCAUGAGUGAGGACCGGUUGGUGGCCAUCAUCUACAGCGCAGUCACCCCAGUGCUGAACCCAUUGAUAUACACCCUUAGGAAUAGAGACGUGAUGUUGGCCCUGAAGAAGACCUUUAGCAGGAAGUCUUUUAAAGACUCCCAGCUACACUAA